AUGAAUCCCAUGAUCGGAGUGUUGUUGAACGCCCCUGUGGCCUUGUUGAAAGGGGCAACUCUUGCCUUGUCGCUUUUCGGUCUCUAUUUGUGUGGCUUGGCCAUUUAUCGUCUCGUCUUCCACCCACUUGCGCAGUACCCUGGACCGCUGCUCGGCCGAAUAACCAAUCUCUAUGCUGCAUACCACGCAUGGAAGGGUGACAUCCACGAGGAUAUCUGGCGCUGCCAUCAGAAAUAUGGCAACCACAUCCGAUACGCCCCGAAUCGGCUGGCUUUUGAUACCGCCAAAGCAGUCUCAGACAUCUACGGCUAUGGUGGAAAGGUUCGCAAGUCGCGAGUGUACGACACGCUGGUCCAUCGCACGGCCAACACCCUUACGAUGCGCGACAAGAAGCAGCACGCCCAGCGACGACGCAUCAUGAGCCACGGGUUCUCUGACGCAGCCAUUCGGUCCUUUGAACCUCGGGUGCAGGAGUUGGUUCGGACUCUUUGCGACUUGCUGAUGGUCAAAGAUGCCGGGUCGGAUGGCGAAUGGAGCGCGCCGCAGGAUAUGGCCAAGUGGUUUGACUACCUGACCUUCGACAUCAUGUCUUCCCUCGUCUUCAGUGCAUCAUACGACACCCUCCGCCAGGAGAAUUACCGGUCGGUGAUCCGCGCCAUCGAAGAAUCCAACGUCCGGGUCAGUGUCCUCCUGCAGGCGCCGAUCGUCACCCUCUUCCGUAGCGACAAGAAGCUCUUCGCACAGUCCAUCCUCGGCCGUAACCGCUUCGUCCGGUUUAUCGGUAGCACCGUCAAGGAACGAGUGCAGAAGAGCAAGCUCCUCGCCGGCCGGGAUAUCUUUUCCUACUUCCAGACGAGCAAGGACGCUGUCACUGGCGAAUCGAUGAACAUGAACGAGCUCAGCGGAGAGGCUGCCACUCUGAUCGUUGCGGGCUCCGACACCACGGCCACCACUCUCGCCGCAACGAUGUUCUACCUGAGCCAAAACACCGACAUCUACCACCGAGUCGCCCAGGAAGUCCGCCAAAGCUUCCAGUCGGCGGAGGAGAUCCACGGGGGAAGCCAACUGAGCGCCUGUCGCCUGCUGCGUGCGUGCAUCGACGAGGCACUGCGCAUGUCUCCGCCCGCGGGGAGUGCGCUGUGGCGCGAGGUCGAGGCCGGGGGCACGACGGUCGACGGCCGGGUGGUGCCCGAGGGCUAUGAUGUCGGCGUGGGGAUCUACGCCGCCCACCACAACCCGACCAUCUACCCGCAGCCGUUCCGGUUCGACCCCGAUCGCUGGCUGGUGGACGACCCGCGCGACGUGCGCAGCGCGUUCAUGCCGUUUUCUCUGGGGACGAGAGGCUGUAUCGGUAAGGGCCUGGCGCAGAUGGAGGCCCUCUUGACCCUGGCCAACAUCGUCUGGCGGUAUGACUUCCGCGCGGUUCCCGGGGGGGAGGUCCAGCAGGAGUAUAGGCUGAGGGAUCAUGUCACUGGAGCGAAGACCGGGCCGGUGUUGCAGUACCGUCGCGUGGUUCGGGGGAAGACAAAGACUGUUGUGGGUUGAGGAUGGAUUAUGCAUUUGUUGGGGUUGUUUU